AUCAUCACACGAGCAUUUAGUUUCUGCAGUGUAACGGAAAACCGACGUCUCCAGUAGGUCUUGAAGUCAGCAGAGUUGUUCUUUCCUUCUUUAUCUUUGGACUUGAGCGAUAAAGUGUUCCGCAGACGCUCAGCGGAAACUCCCCAGGUGCCAAAGUGCUCAAACACUACAGGUAUGCAUUUUGGUGCACUACCUCCUGGAAGAAUCUCGUCAUAUUUAGCAUUUUUUAUUUCUUCUCUUUUCUUGGACGAUCCACAGAGUUCUUUACUGCCACUCAGGCACUGUCACGUUCCUAGUCUCAACCAUUUGAGUAGAACUGUCAUACCGGAACAACUCAAUAAAGCUGCUUUGAUACAUGAUGACCAGACAUAUCAAACUUUUUCUUCAGUCAUAGGCUUAGAUGUAUCAGACCCUGAUUCAUGGUUCCAGAGUUGCUUGCCUAUUAGACAUGGAGGGUUUGGUCUCUCCAGGAUGCAAUCAGUCGCUCCCAUGGCAUUCCUAGCUGCUUGGGCUCACACGUCCCGGGAACUGUCUUUGCGGUUGAACUCUCAUGAGUUGAUUGACAACUUGUUCAAAAGACAGUCUUUUGAAGGAUCUCUCUCUCACCAUCUGUCACUAGCGUGGGCUACUAUACAAGAACAAAUGCCAGAGAAAUCCUUAUUAAGUGAAAAAUCUCUAAGUCAAAUUCUUGAAGAACCGGAAAAGUUACAACAUAGUUUCACGUGCACAAUGGCUGAUCAUGAUUACAAUCUUCUGUUAGGAAAAGAAAACUCACAUGAAGUUUCAGCCAGACUUAGAUCAGUCAGUGGAAAGGGAGCUGGUGCCUUCUUACAAGCAAUCCCAACGUCAAACGAGCUUGCACUAAAACCCGGCGAAUUUCGCCUAGCAGCUUGUUUACGUUUAGGGCUUCACCUUCAUUUUCAGGAAAUGCAAGAUAAGUGCGACUGUGGGACACACUUUGACUCUUUUGGGUAUGAUCUCAUGACAUGUAAACACGAAGGAGGUCCCGUUUGGGCUCAUGACUCAAUUGUAAGCUCUUGGUCGGAAUGCUUGAGUCAUGAGCCAUUGUUCUUGUAUUGGUGUUUAUCUGCAGUGUUCCAUCCAUAA